UUCCGGCGUCGCUCACGAACCGAAUUACAUCUAGUCACCUAGUUCGCUCGUCUAAUUAUCCAAACAAAACCGACGAUAAGAUAACAACAUGAGCCGCGUCCUCUCCGACGACAUGGCCAAAUUCCUCGAAGACGCCCUCGACGUCCACCUGCCCGACUGGGACGUCGUCCUGCACGGCGGCAACGAGAAGGGCGAGGGCUUCCUCGGCGACAUGCUGUUCGUCUCGCUGAAGCGCAGGACCGCCGAAGACGAGCACCACCUGGUGAUCAAGCAAGUGCUGCCCUGCGACUCGGAGAGCGCCACCAAACUCAUGUCGAUGACCUACCGCAACGAGAUCCACGUCUACCAGCGGAUCCUCCCGGCGCUGCGCGCUUUCCGCGAGGCCCACCCGGAGGUGGGCCCCUUCGACGUGGCCCCCAGGUGUUACGGCGCCGACGAGACCGGCGGCGAGGAGAAGAUCUGCUUCAGGAACGCGAAGUACGACGGGUACGAGAUGCACCCGAAGAAGGACGCCCUCGGCGCCGGCCUGAUGGAGGAGGUGUUCAGGAAGUACGGGAGGCUCCACGCCGCGGGCUUCGCUUUCAAGGGAUCGCGUCCGGAGGAGUUCGAUGAGUUGAAGGCGGGAUUGAGGAACAAUUGGGCGAUGUUCGCCAGCACUCCUUUCCUGUCCGCCUCGCUGAAGGGGUCCGCCAAGACGUGGCGAGAGGCUUUGUUGAGGCACGACGAGCCCGAGUUAGCUGAGAGGCUGGAGAAGUACGUGGAAAAAGCUGAUAAGAUUUUUAUAGAAGCAGUUAGUUAUACUGGGAAGUAUGGAGUUUUCUUACACGGGGACGCUUGGAGUAAUAAUUUGAUGUUUAAAUACGACGAUAAGAAGCAGCUGGAAAACAUCUUCCUCAUAGACUUUCAAAUGAGCAGCGUGGGCUCGCCGGUGCUCGAUUUGAGUUACAGCUUCUACGCGUGCGCGGAUUACCACAGCAUGCUGGAUAAAUUAGAUGAGUUUCUUGAAGUUUACCACAAGAGCCUGAGCGAGGAGUUGCUGCGCUACGGCUCGAAGGCGGAGGAGGUUUAUCCGUUCGAUGUGAUGAAGGAAGAGUGGAAGAAGUAUUCGGUGUUCGGCCUGUUCAUGGGAUCUUUAAUGUGCUCUAUGAAGCACCGGGACACUACGAAGGAACUGCCGGACGUAAAUAAAAUUCUGAACGAUAGCGAUGCUGUGGAAAAGUACGGAAACGAUUAUAAUGAUGAAUACGCCAAGACUAUAGUUCUGUUAUUGAGGCACGCUUUGCAAAAUGAUUUUCUGUAGAUAAUAUGUGUGUAGAAUAAAACUCAUUUUCUCACCUUGUACAUAAUUUUUUCUACUAUCGCAAAAAUUACGUUAAAAUGCUUGAAUGGGCGUAAUUAACUACAAAUGUUUCUUGCAAUUAUUAGUACUUGCAUUUAAGCAAAUAUUGAAGUACGAGUAUUCAAAUAGGAAUAAUUUAUUUAGGAUUAUUAAAUAUUAAGUAAAUCUAUUUACAAAUAAUAGAGAUUUAAGUAACUGUGUAAAUACGUAAAUAAAUAUCACGAAUCAUCCUAAAUCAUGAUAAAUAUUACCUACUUAUUUAAAAGGAUCAGUCAUUUCCUCUGUAUUGUCAUCUUCGAAUGGUGCGGAUAGACCAAAAUUGAUUUCCACCGGUUGAUUCUAAAAAGAUCAAUGCAAUUGUAAAGAGUAUACAAGAUAUAUGAAAUAUUUGUUAGGAAAAUUGUAAAUACUCACUAUUAAUCUUUGAUCGUUCAUUUUGUCUCUAUAGCGUCGAUCAAAGAAGUGGCACUGAAACAUCCAAAGAAUUAAUACCACAAAAAUUACUCCAAUUAGCUAGCAAUAGAGUAUAGGCAACACUUUAUUAAAUAAUAAAGGAUUUUAAACUGAAAUUUUCUCACCUUGUAGAAAAUAAAUAUUACUAUAAGCAGUAGCAAUAACCCUGAAAUCGACGAAACAAUGUACACCCAAAGCGGAACAGUUUUCGGUCGAGACGACAGAAUUAAUGUUGUAGAAUGGCCUUCAAUUCUGAAAAAAAUGUACCCAAAAUGUACUCGAAAUAAAAAAAUAUUUACCUCGAGUACAUACCUCGUAUUAUUACUGCUGUAUAAAUAGGCUGAUGAUAUGAAUGCCGUAAUGUCUUUCGAAAGCUCUUGUUUUUGAAAGAUUACCUAAUAAGUUUUUGUUGGUUUUAAACUUCAGUGUAUAUUUGCCGCUUUCUGACGAUUUACUCAAAUAAUCUCCUUCACACAUUAAUGUUAAACAAUCCGCUCCUACUCCAAAGCAAUCCAACACAGCCGUUCUUGAUAAAGGAUAUUUAACUACAGAUGAAGUAUCGUAAGAAUGAUCGAAUUUCUCAGUUUCAUUCGUGUAGUAACAAGGUACAUCAAUACCCCUUAGACUACCCUGAAACAUCAACAACUUAUUAAACAACCCUUGUAUAAAUAAUUACACCUACCUCAGUUUCGAUCAAUUGGAAUACAUCAUCAUUACCAAUUUUCGCAAUGGGUACGAGAAGAUGGAUAUUUGAUUUAACAGGGGAAGGUCCGAAAUUACCUAAAGUGAAUGUGUGCACCAAUUCGAUAUCGUUGUUAGCAGAAUCGAUUUCUUCAUCCAAAUCGUAGUCUUCCGGAACGGAUUUCCUAAUUUACAGCGGUUAAAAAAUUUAGUAUUAAAGUUAAUAGAAAAAAUGAGAACUUACCCUUCGAUAUAGGGCGAAUUUUGAACGGCUAUCUUGAUUUUAAGGUUAACCUCUUCUUGCCCUUCGGACAUGUUAUCACCGAGGCACUCGACUUUAAAGUUUAUCUCGAAUUGUUCCUCUUCCGCUCCGAUGGCAUCGAUAUCGAAAUCGAUGAAUGUCUGAAACGAAUCGUCGUAAUCGAUUUGUGUUUUAAGGGGCCGGGACCAAACUUGCCUCUUUUUCUCGCCCCUUGGCCAAUUUCCUGGCGAGCGGGCAGGAAUAAGUCGAAUUUUCCACGGAGCAUUUUUUUUCUUCUCUGAGUUCCAGGGUUUUAGGUUUCGUUAUGAGUAACUGGCAUUGAUAAGCCGGUUCUCCAAAAUUUUUCGCCGAUAAUUUAACAUUGAUCGAUUUGGUUAGUCCCCAAAUAAUUGCGUU